AGUAUAAAAGCGGCGACUUAGCACAAAUCAGCAUCCAGUUCAGUGUCUGGAACCGCACGGUUGCGCAUCGUGGUUUCGCUAACCAGUCCGUCGCUGAGUCGCAAUGAAGUUUUUUAUCUGUUUGUCGGCGCUUUUGUUGGUUUCGGCAAAUGCCGAAUCAGAGCAGAAGAAGUCCGCUGCCGAUAGUAAGGCCGCCGUCCCGCUCGAGAAGAAGUUGGACAAACGGGGCCUGCUAAGUCUCGGUUACGGUUACGGCAUUAACGGGCUUGAUGUGGGUUACAUCGGUGGUGGCCAUCUUGGUGGCGCGUAUCAUGAGGGACACGAUCACCAUUACGGGCACGGUGUGUACCUGGGCGGACACACGGACGUCACCAAGACGGUAACGCUGGUCAAGGGUGUCCCGGUACCGUACACGGUCGAGAAGCAUGUACCGUACACGGUGGAGAAGCAUGUGCCGUACCCGGUCAAGGUACCGGUCCCGCAGCCCUACGAAGUAGUUAAGCAUGUCCCCGUACACGUCAAGGAGUACGUUAAGGUGCCAGUUCAUGUUCCGCAACCGUACCCGGUAGAGAAGAAGGUACCGUAUCCGGUGCAUGUCCCGGUCGAUCGUCCUUAUCCCGUGAAGGUGUUUGUACCGCAGCCAUAUGAGGUGACGAAGCAUGUUCCGUACCCGGUUAAGGUGCCAGUUCCGCAACCCUACGAAGUUACCAAGCACGUACCGGUACCGGUGAAGGUAGAAGUCCCCGUUCCGGUGCCGUACACCGUUGAGAAGAAGGUCCCAGUUCCCGUGAAGGUCCCCGUCGAUCGUCCUUACCCUGUCCAUGUGCCAGCUCCAUACCCGGUUGAGGUGGAGAAACCUGUCCCGUACACGGUGGAGAAGCCUGUCCCGUAUGAGGUGAAGGUUCCCGUCGAUCGUCCCUAUCCAGUGCCAGUGGAGAAGCCUGUCCCGUACCCGGUUAAGGUGCCCGUCCCGAAACCGUACUACGUCGAGAAGCACAUUCCGUACACGGUCGAACGGCCCGUUCCAGUCCCGGUUAAGGUACCGAUCGAUCGUCCGUAUCCCGUCACGGUUGAGAAGCACAUCCCCGUAGAGAAACCGGUACCGGUUCCGGUGAAGGUACCAGUUGCUGUCCCUGUUCCAGUACAUCACGAUCAUCACCAUCAUCAUCUGGAGCAUUUGCAUGAACCACAUCAUCAUCAUCAUCAUGAUGUGAGCUAUACGAGCUUCAGCGGCUACGGACAUGACUACAGCUACCACCAUUAAAGCAUACAAUCGACGACAUUAACGGUGGAAGGAGUUUGUAACAUAAAGUAGAUGGACACGGGUACGAUACCCACGUUCUAAUUGCACUUCCGUACAGAACGUUAUGGAGCACCAACCAACUCUCGGAACAAAACCCCUCCCAAAACGCUUGGGUCUGUUUCGCCUUAAUAGCUAUUAUCACCAUCGAAAGUCACGUAUCUUAUCACACGAACGCAUCAAUCACACGAUCACUCUUUCCUAACAAAUAUUCUUAAUUUUUAUACUCAAAUGAUCUUAUCUUCACACGACAAACAAAACCAAACACAUUCGAUCCCAAUUUCGGACGGAUCGAACGUUGUGCACCGUGAUGUGAUAAUUGUAAACGUACAUGCACUGCCCUCUUUAUUUCUUUUUCGUUUUGCUGUUCCUUGGCGAAACGGAACAGUUGCGACGCACUGUAACAAAAAAAACGGGGCACCACAGCCCGUUCAGCCUUUUGUCAAAUGCACACUUGUAUGGGCUGUCGGCUUCACCAAUACCGCACGAUGGAGGCGCCUAAUUGCUGCAGGAAAAUGUGCUGCUGUAGCGUGAGAUCGCUCACUAGAGAUCGUUUGGAUGGGCUUCUCGAACCAAAAUUAGCUUAAUUUUGGCUCGCCUUAUCUUCCCACGACCGAUGGUGAAGAAACCUUGAAAACAACGCUUUUUUGACAUUUUUGUGAGAAAAAAUAGCCAAAAAAACAUGAUUUUAGAAAAAAGUAUAAUAACCUAAACACGGUCCUCCAACGAUCAGCACGGCCAGUGUUUGAUGUGCGGAUACAAGUGUGCAUUUGCACGACGCUGACACCGUGCACCGGGCACGGAUGUACUUUUUUUAUAUUAUAUUUUAUUGUAAAUAAGACGAAAAAUAAAACGAAACAAAGAUUGUUGUACAAAAAAAAAUCUCAA